AUGGCGGACGGCGCGGGACCGAAGAUCGGCGACGCGCGAUCGCUGUGGAACUUCACCCCGAGCCCGGGAUGGACGAAAGACGAGGCGUUUGCGUUGCGACAGUGCUUGAAGAAGUUUGGGAUCGGGAAGUGGGUGCAGAUCGUCGAUAGCGGCGUGCUCCCGGGGAAGCAGAUUCAGCAGCUGAACGGACAGACGCAACGCUUGCUCGGGAAGCAAUCUCUGGCGGAGUACAGUGGUUUGAAAUUGGACGUUGAUCGGAUUCGGGCGGAUAAUGACGCGUUGGAAAAUGUCACGCGGAAGAAUGGGUUGAUCACGAACCAGGGAGGGAUCUUGGCGAAGGAGGAGCUCAAGGCGCUUCGGGAGGAAAAUUUGAAUAAGUAUGGAUUGACGGACGAGGAGGUGGAGGCGAUCGAGCUUCCUGCCGCGCCGAGAGCGGCGCCGGUGGGCGCGGAGAGGUACAUGGGGAAGGGAAUGGUCGCGGUCGGCGGAUCAUCGGAGGCGGUGACGGUGAUAAAGGCGGACUUGUUGACGACGGACCUCGACGGAUUGAGCAGAGAGCACAAGUUGGAGCUUCUCAACGCGCUCCGUGAUCGCGUCGAGAACUUACGCGCACAGCUUGGAGAGCUCAGCGCGGCGCCAGAAACGAAAGUGCCGACACCGAAGAAGACCAUUCCGGCGAAACGCGCGGCUGCGAAGCCGACGUCGACGAAGAAGGCGACAACAAAGCGCGGCAAGAAAAAGACGGUUUCAAACGACGAUUCAGACGACGGUUCGUACGAGACCAUCGCCGUGGAUACGAACGAUGGUCCGGUACAAAUGCUCAUGGGCAUGGGUUUCACGAAAAAACACUGCUUGGACGCGCUCGACACGUGCGGGGGCGACAUCGAGGAAUGCGUCGAAUGGUUGAUGACGAACUGCGCGUGA